CUCUCCCUCUCCGGCUUCCUCUCCAUCUUGGCUCCGGCGGCUCGCCUUCGCGGUUGCUCCCCGGCCGCCGAGGCCGGGUGACCUCAGCUAACGUGAGGAGACUGUGGGUCGGAGGCAGCCUGCGUGCCGGAUAGUUCGCCUUAGAGGCGCGGGGGCAGAGGCGCAGUUCUCGCUCCCGGCGCCCCGCAAACAUUGCUGGAGCACGUAGUGUGGCGGUGCGGAGAGAGGCACACAGUAGGAGGAGACAAAGCCAGGCCUGUCCUCUAGCCCCGGCCUCCCGACCCCCGAGGUGUCCGUGCUGGGGGCAGCCCCGCCCUGGGGAGCUUGGGGAGGGAAGCGCCAGGUUGGCCCGGGAGCGAGCUUCUAGCAGGUGCUUCCUCCCUAACGCAGAGCUGCAGCGCUCUUGCUCGUCCCAGACGCUUUAGCUUGGUGGAGGUCUUUGCCCUGAUUUCUCUUGCCCUGCCCCUUCCCCAAACACAAAUUCAUAAGGUGAAUUUUGAAUAGAUUUUCUCCCUUGCCUCGUCUUAAAAAAAAAAAAAUUCCCCAUCUAUUUUCUUUUUGCAAAUAAAAGACCCAGAAAGGCGGGUCAGUUACUCAGUGUCCUGAGGAAACACGUACACAUUUGCCAAACAUCAGCCAUGUUCUGGGUGGUCUCUUUGAGAUUUUGAAGAAGCUAGUUCUCACUGCACCAAAAAAUCAGUUCCACCAGACAGCCCCAGGGGACCUCCCAGAGCGAGGGGCCAAAUGGAAAGGUUGCCUGGGGACAGGAGAGGCAAGCGGCCAGGGGAAAACGUGUGUUCUAAUAGCUGGGCAUUUCUAUGACUCUGAAAGCAAACUUGUUUGUUUCGUUUCAACAAUAGAACACACACACACACCCCUGUUUUGGAAAUGUUACCCAGCAUAAAAAUACAUUUGCAAUGGGAGGUUGGGGGUGGAGUGGCGUUCAGGCCCACCCAGAAGAAAACAUUUUUUUUCCCCCUGAAUUUUUAAAUUUGUUAUUUCCCAGUAUGGGUUUGCCGCAUUCUACACAAAUAGCUAUGUCAAAAGUGGUAUGUAAUGCAAUUUGAAUAUCUAAAUUUGAGCCACAUUUUACUUUUCUAGGAAUUUGACAAAGGGCUCAGAAAGAGUUGUUUUAGAAAGUCAAUAACUUCUUCCCCAUCUCUCCUCCCAUCCCCCACCCCCUACCUGCAGGCCAGUUUUCUUUUGUGUGUAUGUUUAGAGGGGACCUUAGGGGAUAAAAUCUGGUUUGCUUAAAAUUAGGAUGUCACUCGGAGUCAGUUUCCAGAUCAAAAACAAAGCUAAGAUACCCAACAUCCAAUAGGAUUUUUUUCCUCCUAAGUUUGCUAGGAUGAUUAUGCAGCUCUAUCAGAUAACGGGAAAAAAUUCAGCAACCUCACCAAGACUCUUCUAUCCCUACAAGACUACAUUUGAAAGCCUGAAAAGAAGCCCAGGUGCUGGUGUGGAUGAGGAAAUCGCUGCCCAGAGAUGCUGAGUCACCUGCCUAAGGCCCCAGAGCUCGGGGUGGUGGAAUGAGGAUUCCUGACUCCAAAGCUCUCAACUGGUCCUCGGGAGCUCAGGCCUGGUGGUCCCUGAAGAAGUUGUGCCAUCACGUCCCACCUGAGGCUGGAGAAGAGCCCUGGUGGGGGCUUGGCCGACUGGACAGCAGGCAGCAUGGCCAGCUGGAGAUGGACCCACCAGGAGCACCAGGCUGGGCUGGGUCCGGGGGAAGCAAGCCACUGUGCUGGGAAGCACCAUGCCUGUGAAUGUGUUCCUCGGGGUCCCCUACGCCGCACCCCCGCUAGGACCCCUGCGAUUUACAAACCCAAAGCCUGCGUCGCCCUGGAAUGGCAUCCGAAACGCCACAUCCUACCCUAAUUUGUGCUUCCAGAACUCAGAGUGGCUGUUCUCAAAUCAACACAUUCUCCGGGUGCGCUACCCCGAAUUCGGAGUGUCCGAAGACUGCUUGUACCUUAAUAUCUAUGCCCCAGCCCGUGCCGACACUGGCUCCAAGUUCCCGGUCAUGGUGUGGCUUCCGGGGGGUGCCUUCCAGACUGGCUCAGCCUCCAUCUUCGAUGGGUCCGCCCUCGCCGCCUACGAGGAUGUGCUGGUUGUGACUACCCAGUACCGGCUAGGAAUGUUUGGCUUCUUCAACACAGGGGACAAGCACGCACCAGGGAACUGGGCCUUCAUGGACCAGCUGGCUGCCCUGACCUGGGUCCAGGAGAACAUCGAGUUCUUUGGUGGGGACCCACACUCUGUGACCAUCUUUGGCGAGUCGGCAGGAGCCAUAAGUGUGUCCAGCCUUAUCCUGUCCCCGCUGGCCCAGGACUUAUUCCACAAAGCCAUCAUGGAGAGCGGGGUGGCCAUCCUCCCCUACCUGAAGGCCCCGGAGGAAAAGCGGAAUGAGGAUUUGCAGAUGAUUGCAAAUAUCUGCGGCUGCAGAGCGGACAACUCCGAGGCCCUGCUGCGAUGCCUGAGGGCAAAGUCCUCCCAGGAGCUGCUGGGCAUCGGCCAGGUCGCCAAGUCUUUCACGCGAAUGGUUGAUGGUUUUUUCUUUCCUGACGAGCCUCUAGAACUGCUGAUCAAAAAAACAUUCCGCUCCGUUCCUUCUAUCAUCGGGGUCAAUAACCACGAGUGUGGCUUCCUGCUGCCCAUGAAGGAGUUUCCUGAGAUCCUCAGAGGCUCCAACAAGUCCCUCGCCCUGCAGCUGCUGCACACAAUCCUGCACAUCCCCAGCCAGCAUUUACACUUCGUGGUGGAUGAGUAUUUCCACGGCGAGCAGUCCAUUUUUGAAAUACGAAAUAAUUUCCUGGACUUGCUUGGAGAUGUGUUCUUUGUGGUCCCUGGGCUGAUCACGGCUCGAUGUCACAGAGACGCGGGCGCACCUGUGUACUUCUAUGAGUUUCAGCACCGGCCUCACUGCUUCAAGGACAGCAAGCCGGCUUUCGUCAAGGCCGACCACACGGAUGAAAUCCGCUUUGUUUUCGGAGGUGCCUUCCUGAAGGGGGAUGUCGUCAUGUUCGAAGGAGCCACUGAGGAGGAGAAGUUGCUGAGCAGAAAGAUGAUGAGAUACUGGGCCAACUUUGCUCGGACGGGGAACCCUAACGGAGCUGGCCUGCCUCAGUGGCCGGCUUACGAUCAGAAGGAGCAGUACCUGCAGCUGGAUUUGAACCUGAGUGUGGGGCAGGGAUUGAGAGCGCAGAAGGUGGAGUUUUGGAUGGAAACCCUCCCUUUGAUCAUGGCCACUUCCGGGGGGGCCCAACUGGGUCCUCUUUUCUCCCUCAUCUUCCUUUCUCUGCUUCUGCCUUCCUUUUCCUCUUUUUCUCAUGGAGCGGGUAUCUCUGUGUGAAUUUGCUUUUCCUCCUCCCGCUUCAAUGUCUCCCGCUAUCGUUGGCUUCUUUCUGUUGUUCAGCUACUUUACGGAAUCGGCUGCUUCCGCUGAUCCUUAGGGAAUUCUUUGCAACAUCAAAAAAAGUGCAAUUUGCCUCGAAGGCUACCAGAUCUCUUCAAUACAUCUACAGGGGGGUUGGCAUAAUGAUGAUCGUGUUAUGCAUAUGAAAUAAAAGCAGAAUGUAAAAUA